GAAGGGGUCGAUCCUAGGUUUGGUCAAACAGGUUGACUUGACAUGGCUAAAAACGCACAAAAGACUGUAAUUGUUGGUACCGUCAGGUGCUCCACAUAGCCCCUUCACCUUACUUCGAGUUUGAACGUGCUUGUGCGGUUGCUGGGCUUUCAAUUGUCACCGGCACUGCUUUAGCCGACAUGCCAACUGAACUGACGUGUGUAUUACCAGGAAGAAGAGAUCGCACUAUCAUCGGCAGCUCUCUCAACGCCCGCUGACUCGGGUAUAGUACAGCCACAGAGCAACGGAUCCUCGCCCGGGAGAGCACUAGGGCCAUGGCGCCAUAAAAAUGGCGGGAUAACGUCUAAUGCUUUAUCUGUCAACUGCCCUGCUUCUAGGGCCUAGACCUUCAACUAACCUUCCCACCACGAUGCGCCACCAUGGAGUCGUCAUGAGGACCAACGCUGGUGUACAGUUCUGUCGAAUGCAACCGCGAAUAUUGGGCGCAGCAGCCAUGGGCACAGUUGCCUCGAGCAUUGCAGCACUCUACACUGGCGCAGCUUUGCGCCAUGCUAGUGCUUCUCCCUGAAGAGUGCACGUCGCCGUCUUGCCGUCCACACGACGUUUCGCGAUUCUCGAAAUCCAACUUUAUCCGAAUUUACGGAUAAGAAUACUCCCAAAUCCGAAUACACCUGCGUCAUGAGCUUCGGCAAGACAAACUACCGCUUUGGCGGCACCCGUGGCGGGCAGGACCGUGAGUAGCCAUGCCAAAAUGUGGAUUCCCUGUGAAAAUGACGUAGAGUUCAAGUGGGAUGACGUGAAGAACGACAAAUAUCGUGAAAACUACCUGGGCCAUUCGUUGAACGCACCUGUCGGUCGUUGGGCCAAAGGAAAAGAUUUGACAUGGUAUUCCAAAGGAAAGGCAUGUCAAAGCGCAGCCCUGGCUGAGGAAAUUGCCUUGGCAAAGCAACGCGAUGAGGAUCGCAUGAACGAAGCAUUAGGAAUUGCGCCCAAGCGACAUCACGAACCAACGGGCACCCUCGACUCGAACGAAAUGAAAGCCCUGCUCAAGCGAGGGGAGACGGAACGGAACGUCGGGGACGCUGAGCGCGUCGAAGGGCUUGGUGCGGCAAACUUCGUUACGGGGUAUGAAGAUCCAAACGCGAAGAAGCGCACGCUGGCUGAGCGAUACCAAGACAACUUGGGCAAGCAAGAUCUCACGUAUGGCCUGCCAGGAAUCCAAGAGGGACAUGAUGGUGCGGCCGACGACAUCGCUCGAAGUAAGGAAGAGAAGAAGCAAAAAAAGCUGAAAAAAGAAGCCAAGAAGGUCGCGAAAAAGCUCAAGAAAGAACGAAAACGCAGCGAACGAUCUCCUUCUCGUGACCGAGAGUCCAAGAGGUCCAAGCGGUCUCGAUCUCGCGAUCAUCGCUACUUGUAAAUGUGAAGGAAUAACCAGGCGCCUGACUGUGAUAAAUUGCGGGGCCCCGACAAAUCAGCACGUAAUGAUGGCACGUAGCCAAAACAACUUCCCAGCGCACUGCACGUCAUGGUAUUCUCGACUCCAAAAUGAGGCUGCCUGAAUGUACAUGCCCAUUACAGCCG